GGGGGUUUUCUGCCUCGUCCUGUAGGGAGAUUUUGGGGAUUCAGUGGGGUUGGAGUUAAGGGAGAGGUGGCUGCGGUGCCCCGGGGUUGAUCUGGAUGCCACAAGCAGGGAUGCUCUGUGCCCAGAGCUGCUCGCUUGUAACAGCUGUGGGUUGAUCUCAGUGGGUUUCUUUAUGUGUAAUGGGGGUGUUGGGGCUGUAAAGGCGUUGGGGUGUCAACAUCUCAAUCCUAGAGUCAGUGCUGAGGGGGACACGCAGCCAUUUGCCUGGGCAGUGAUGGAGUCCCCAUCCCCAGAACCACAGAGAUGUGGCACUGAGGGAUGUGGUCAUUGGGUACAGUGGGCUGUGGGCAUCUGAGAGGUCUUUUCCAGCCUUAAUGAUUCUGUGAGGCAGUAACAGCGACCUGGAAGUGGGCGUGUGUGCUGUAAUGGGUGUGUGUGCAAUGCACGUGGGGGUCUUCAGCAGUGAGAGGUGGUGGAAGUGGUUAAAUGGGCCCUCAGUCAUCAUCAGUGGGAAUCAGAGAGGGUUCCCAGCAGUGGACUUCUGGCUUUUGUCAUCUUUUGUUGUUGUUUUUGGGUUUUGCUUUUAAGCUGGUGGGCCUACUAUUAUGGUAUUUAAAAUUUAAAGGGGGGGGGAAGGGGAAUAGGAGAAGAAAAAGCAAACAGGCCUUGGUUUUAUAGACCCUACAGAUGCAUCCGGCACCAAACUGAUCCCAGAUGCAGCUCCGCUGUCAAUAGCGUUACACGAGGGAUCAAUCCCAUUCAUUGUUUCAUGUGGCCUCUCCAGCAUCAUCAGCUAAUUAAAGCUAAUGGUUCCCAGAGCAGCACUGACAGCGGCUGAUGCUAUCGGUGCACAGCCGGGGCGGUUUGUUGGGGCACUGCAGGGCUGCAUCCUGCUCAAAGCCUGCGCUGAUUUCUGUGGUCAGUGGCAGAUGCCAUUGGGCAAACAUUGCUGUGCUCGUCUUGGCUCUGUGGUGGAUGGUCCAAGGCUGCUGGUCUGUGGGGGACCCGAUGGCUCCCUGUGCUGAUGUCUGAAGGAAACUCUGUUUUUUUGGGUGUUUAAAAAAAAAAACAACAUAUCCCACUCUUGCUCCAGGAUGAAAUAUCACCCUGGGUGGCUCUUCUGUUUGCUGGCAAAAUCAGGAGCCGCGUGGCUCGGCAUAUGGAUGCCUCCAUCCCAUCCCUGCAGGGCUCUGUGCAUCACCAAUGGGUGCAUAGCCACCUCCAGGAGUGGGACCCUGGGGUCACUCCUCCUUUGGCUGCUGCCCCGCUGCCUGCGUGGCAGUGGAUGGGCAAACACAGCAUGGCUGGUUUCACUGGGACCUUGGACUCUGCCCUCCUGGAGGCUGAGUGGAAAUCAAGCAUGCUAAAAUUAGCUGCUCCCGUCCCUACAAGGCAGGAACCGGCCAGGGGAAUCCUCGGGGUGUUGCAACCCCUGCCUCUUCGGUGUUGCAAUCUGCCUCAUUGGUUUCUGCUGUCUCCCUGCGGCUCUGUUGGACCAGGUAGUGUCACCUGGCAGAGAGAGCUGGCACUGGAGGUCCUUGUGUGAGGAGAGUUGGUGAUGGCAUCCCUUGGAUCUCCCCUCCUGUCCCUGGUGGAAUGGAGUGGUGCUUGUAAAGAUGCUCCCUCAAAACUGUAUGGGUGGAAGGAUGCUCCUGGCCCCGAAGCCUUUGGGGUUUUGCACACUGUUCUCCUCUUGUUGCUCAGCUCUGGGCUGUGUGGGUGCUGUUCCUGAGCCCGGGGGCUCAGAUACCCCCAUGCUCCCCCCCUCAGCUCAGCUGGGGGGGGCAAAGUCCAGGCUGGCCAAAGGGCAGGGGAAUAGGGACAGGCUUACAGCACCCUGCUCAGUAAAGCAAGUUGAUAAUUAAAUCCUGCGGCUUUUAUAUGAAUUCCAGGGCAUUUUCCUUGGGCUGGGGCCAUCUGCGCCGUGCACCCCACCCGCUCACUCCUCUCCCAUUUGCUCUGUGCAGCUCAGGGUUUUUGCUGUGCUACUGGGUGAGCACAGUGCUGCAGGGAGCUGCUUUUAAAGGGGUUUGUGAGGCAUAUGGGAGACAGAACUCCUGGGGCUGCAGGUGGGUCAGGCGCUGUCAUCAUCCUGGCUCCAUUGGGUAACUCUGUGCUGUGCUGACCUGCUCAGCUCUUCCCUGUCAUGAGUGGCUCAGCUGUUAUUUGGCAGUCUGUGAACAGAGGUGCUGGGAAUCUUUGACCUGAGCCUCUUGAAAGAUGAGUGUUUGUGUGACUGUUGGUGGUAAGGACAGGAAGGGAAACUCCUCUGUUUGGUGAAGCAGGACUGGUGCUCUCUUACUGUCAUUGGGUCUUUUUGGGUCUAAAUGGUGAUAAGAAGCGAAAAAGAUCAAACUGGAGGGGCUGCAUGUCGCAGUGGGCAGCCCUUCCCCAGCUCGAGGCUGGUGGUGUUCCCACUUUGCAGCAGUGUCCCAAAGCACUGCAGAGAAUCCCCAAAGUUACGGUGCCCUUUGGGGUGUGCUUGGAUCCCCCUUUGCCUGGGCUGUUCAUGGGAUCCAGGGCUGUAUUUCCAAAAGAUGUCCAACUGGACAUCCCAGACACCUUUUUGUCCAUGGAUGUCCUCCUAGUGGGUCUGCAGUGGGGCUGUAGGCAUUUCUUUAAGCCGAUGGCUGCAUCCCACAUCCUGGAGGAUGCUCCAGCACCGGGGGGCAUUGCCUUGUGGAGCUUUGCUUGGGCACAUGGGGAGUAACAGCAAUCUCUGGCUGGCACAGCGUUGCCCAGCGUCCAUCCUUUAGGACUCACCCUUGGCUUUGGACUGUGCACUCCCCUCUAUCCAUCCAGGGCUUACAGCGAGAACAGACCCAACACAGUCUCCUUCCUCCCUCCCUAUUUAUCCCCCCCUCCUGCACCUGCUCGCAUUGGGUGACUCUUAACCACGGUGUUCCCGCUGAGCACGAUGAGAAGAUUUGAGCACUUAUUUGAACUGCAGACUCAAAGGAAGCGGCAGCAGAGCUCCCCAGAGCUGUUAGCAGCUGACAUCUGGGCGCGCAGCCGAGCUCUGGUGUCAGCGAGACGUGCGGUUGAAAGAAGAGGAGGUGGGAAGCCCAAGACACCUGCAAUUUGGUUAAUAAAUAUUUAUUCGGAGGUGACAAAUACUCUUCUGGAUAGAACAGAGUUAGCAGAGGGAUUGCGAGGGAGUGACAGGGCGUGCUUUUAGAGGAAGGUUUGCAGCGGGGAUGUUGAAACGAGCAGGUGAUGUCGAAACCUGGGUUUGUUUCCCAGCGUGUGAUGUUGGGGUGCAGGCAGAUGUCCCACCCCACUGAGCCCCUGCCUGGGGAGAGCAUCCCCAUGCGGUCCUUCUGUGGGUCCCUCUCAUGGGCAAGGUGUGAAGGGGUGGGCUGAUGUGUGGGCCCUGCCCAUUUUGGGGUGAAGCCUCAAUGCCAGCCCUCGGGGAUGCUCUGAGCGCAAGGAGCCAUCCCUGCCCCACUGCUGCCUGCUUUACCUUUGCUGGCUCAGUGAUGCUUAACCUCAGCAAACACCUGGCCCCAAGCAGGGGAGCAGUUUUGCCUCCCCAAGAGCAAUGCAGCUCAUGUGAGAGCAGAGCGGAGGGGCCGCAGUGGUGCUCUGGUGGGGGUCUGGGUUGGUGACAGUAGGACUGGUGGUGAGCCCCUGACCUGGGAGGUUGGUGAUAGAACCACUGGCAUCCGUUUGAGAUUAGCGAGAGAAAGCUCGGUGCCCAUCUCGCCCAGCAUGUAACUUUAAUGCGGAGAUAAUGAGCAGUGAUAUUUAUUUGUAAAAGAUCUGGAGAUAUCACUGCCCGGAGAGCAGCCAGGAGCUGUCAGAGUCCAGCCUGGCCCCGCAGCUGCUGUGUGGGGCUGUAACCCAAGCGCCGUGCUCCGAUCGCUUUUCAUGCUCCAGCUCUGCUAUCCCGGCAGGGCAUGCAGUCCUGUGGCUGAGAUUUGCUGGAGCUGAUGGUGGUUGGGCUACGGCAGCAAGGGGAACACCCUGGGUCCCCAAUCCUAACUCCUGGGAUUGACAAGGCUCCUUCUGGUCCCCUCCUGGAGGGGUCGGCAUGAGGGAUGCUUGCACAGAGAUGCCCUCGUGUUGUGUAACGGCGGGCUUAGGUGGGGUAUGGCAGGUGGGUGUCCCGUCCUUAUUAAGCCAUCCCCUGGGUAAUUACUAGGUUAAGGCCUGAUGGGAUAAUGCUUCAUUAUUUUUGUGCUGUGGAGGGAUUAGGAGCAGCAGGGAUUUCUUGGAGCUUUAUCUCUGCUAAGGCCCUGGGCUGCGGUGGCUCCUUGCACCCUUCCCAGCUCAGCAGUGCUGAAUGCUGGCGCAGCAUGAUGACUCUGUGCAUUUCUCUUACAUGCUGCGAGCCAGAGGGAGGAGAAGUGUCAUGUGAAAAUAAACAGGGAGGUGGGUGGCAGAGGGCUUCCCAGGUGGCUUCUCCCAUCAUUUGUGGGCAAGGCGAUGUGGAGCUGUUAGCGUGGCCUUCAAGGGUUGCUUGCUGAGUGUUGCCUCCUGGCAUGGGGAGCAAGGGAAAGCAUGUCUGGUCCAUCACUCCAUCCCUAUAGCUCCAGGGCUGCUUGCACCCUUCCCCAUAGCCUGGCUGGCUGCUGGUGGGCCUGGCGUUCAGCACCCUGUGCGUGUCCUAGAGAUGCUCCUGGGGUGGAUUUGGAUGGCAGGAAGGGAGUGAAAUGCACUUGGCAGGCCCCAAGCUGAGGGCUGGAGCUGGCACAGCACGGGGAGCAGGCAGGCUGGCGGUGGGCCAGGCUGUGCACUUGAUCCAAACACAGCUGGAGCUGAUCUGAUGAAGUGAGAGGUUAAGAAGAGAGCAUCUGUUAUCUAAAGGGGACACACAGUGGGAAACUGUAAGCUCUUUAUUCCCCUCCCCAACCCUACCCCCUCUGUUCAGUGCAUCAUCCCUGACUUUAUUUCUUUGAUUUAUUAAGGAAGCCUAUGCUUCCGGGGCUGUAAUUAAGUGCCACUGUGCAAGCUUUUGUUAACCAGCGGGUGAUACAGUAGCUCACACAUUUGCUGGCUGCUUGAGAGCUCUAGGACCAAGGUAACAGGAGAGACCCUCCCUCCUGCAGGGGUUGUGCACAGGGAUGGGAUGGUUCAGCCCUGCUGCGUGUGCCAGCAGGUGAGAACGUGUUGGUCUGCACCUCCUGCCUGGACGUGGAGCUCCCUGAUGGGGCUGUCAUCUCCAGGCAGGUGGUCACAGUUUCCAUUGACAUCCCACCGGUGUUAUGGUGAUGCUCAGGGAAAGGUCCUCACUGCCUCUCCAGGCUGGGAACAUUGGGCAGAUGGCUUUGGUUUGCAUGGCCAUUGGGUGCUGUGGUGCUGUUGGGGCACCCUGCUGCACCCCUGCCCUUCCCAGGGCUCCGUUCUACCUCGGUCAGCCCUGAGACCCUCUGUGCUGGGCUGUGCUGCUCUGACAUCAACCACCCAGGCAAGCUUUCAGGAAGAUACAGUUCUCUUCCUGCUCUACAGACCGUGUUUUAUACAUAAAUGGGAUUAUUGCAAAUAAUAAUGCCUCCCAACUGGUAGUUGGAGAUGCUCGGAGCUCCAGCACUGCAUCCCCCAGCGAGGCAGAGAGGAGGAGGAGGAGGGGUGACCACUCCACCUGUAAAUGAAAUAAAAAGUGAUGGAGAUCACGCACUGCUUAAUGAACUGAACCAUCCAACCUCCCGCCGAGCGCCAGCGCUGUUUAUAAACUACAGAAAGGGCUUUAUUUUAAUGGGCAGUAAAUCUCAUUCAUCCCAGCGCUGGCAGUCACGAGCACAUGGGAUUAAUGGGAUCGCGGAGAGGGGCUCCGUGCCUCCUCGCCCCGCUCCCUGUUGCCCUCCUUUGCCCACAGUGGCUGUUCUCCCCCCUUCCUCCUCUCCUUAAUCCCCCCCCCACCCCCAUGCUGAUAACUGGGGUUAUCUGGCCAGGAAGAACGGAGGGCUCUGUCCCUGUGACUCUGCAUGUCACAUCCGCUCGCUGCUCGGGUUUGUUUAUUCACUUGAAAAUUGCCACCCCCCCCUCCAACCCCGGCAGCUGGAGGAGAGCUGAGCUCACAGCACGCAUUACUACUUGUUAACGAAACCAGCAUCCCCUCCUCCAGCACACACUGCCCCGUCGCAGAGUGGCAGCAGGCACGCAAACUGUUUUGUCUUGAAGAGAAAAGAACUGAAAGUAAACAGAAUGUGACCUUCUGGGGAAGGGAUAACACCGGAGCUGCUGGGGAGGGAUGGUGAUGAGUUGUUCUGGGCUAAAACCACCCUGUUGAGGAGGUAAUCAGGCCUGGCGUGACACACAGCUGUUCUGGGCGAGUGAGCUGAUGGGAUUUAAGCCGAUCACUCCGGAGGCUUUGGGAGCUGUUGUCACUGUGAUGGAGCGGCUGAGGGACCGCAGUGCGGCGAUGUCGGGGGGGCAUCGGGGUCCCCCUGUGCCGCUGUACCCCGUGGGGCUUCAGGAUGGGGUCUGGGGCUGUGAGCUGUGUCCUUGGGUGCUGUUCCUGCUGUCGUUGGAGCAGUUUGGGGGGGGUAGGUGUGGUUUUGGAUGUGCCUCAGUUUCCCUCUGGACACAUCAGGCUCCUCGAGGACUCCUGGCUGUAACUCAGUGCGAUGCGCUCCUAAGGCGAGAUGGAGAAGAGUGAGUUAUCUAUUGCAGUUUGAGUUUAAUAUCCAUAAUCUGCCAUUAAUCAAAACAGGGCUGUAAGAUCCUUACUUAGGCCUAAUCAGUGCAUAAUGGAUUAUCUGCAGCAACUAAUAAAAGGUAAUUAUCUAUGCUUUGCAAGUUCCAAUUACUGUCCUUACAUGAUCAAUUAAUUUCUUGUAGCAGCUCUGCAGGUGCGGGCACUGCUGGUAGGGAUGUGUUCCUUCCCAAAGCAGAAGGAAUGGGACUUUGCACGUGGAAGAAAGCAUCGCCCUGAUAGCAGUCUUCACCCUUCCCGUUGUCACCCGGCUCUUGUCGGGCUGCAGAGUUCUUGGGGUGGCUGAAAGGAGGAGGAGACACUGCAGCGAUGUCUGUGCAGUUGUAGGGAUGGCUUCAAAUGGCAGUGAAUUGAAGCCUGCUCUGUGUCCAUUUGUGACCCAGCGUUGUUGCGGUCUGUGAUUUGGUGUUUGUGGUGAGUGGCAGCUUGGAGGGCUCUAAGAGGAACCCAGAAUGGUGACGGGGGGGUGGUGGGAGGGAGGAGAAUGCAGUUUUGGGCAUGCGGUUGGAGUGAUGCAGCAAAGCUGUCCCCAUGGCAGCAGCUGACCGUUGGCUGCCUCUGACUCAGGUCUCACCUUGUUCCUCCCUUCUCUUCUUUGUGGUUGUUCAUCUUCUGUACUGUGUCUGGGUGAUGCUGCUCACUUGCAGUCCUGGAGCCUUACAGGUGGUGUUAUGGGGACAUGAAGGAUGUGUGACCUCCUCUCAUCCCACGGGGCUGGGACAGGAGUGUGGGGGUCCCCAGCAGUGGGGGUGCCAGGUUGCACAAAGGGCAGAGCAACCAGCAGGACCCAUACCCAGAAAGGAGCAAUCAGGGCAUUUUGGGUUGGCUUCAACCAUUGCAAAGGUCCUCAUGGCACUGCAGAGGAACAGUUGAAACAAGAGUUUGUUUCAAUGCAGAAGUGCAUUGGGAAAAGAGGAUGCAUGGGAUCUUUUGACAGUUUCCAUUGUUUUUUAUCCUCCCCUUCCCUCUAAACACGAAAUUAGUUCAUCAGUGCAAUUUCUUGGGAACAGCCUCAGUUUCAUUGGCAUUUCUGUUUAAAGAGGAAAAAGCAAAGCCACAAAAAACCCCCAAACCCUUUCCCCCAAUCCCAUCUGCUCAAAAAUGGAACUCCCAGCUCUGCUGGUGACUGGGAUGCAGCUGUGCUCAGUUUCCAGCACGGCUGGGGCUGUCCCCAGCUCGCUCAGAGCUGCUCUGUGCGCUGGGGAAGUGUCAGUGCAGGAAUCCUGGAGCAGGAUGGGGCUGUCCCUGCUGCUUGGGCAGGGCUUGGGACAUGGUGGCAAUGGGUGGUGUGAGGUGGUGCUGCAAGCAUCCCGCUUUGGUGGGGUUUGGCAGUGCUGCAGCAGAGGUACGGGGAGCUGGAUGGAGCUUGGCAGCUCCUUCACCUGCAGGGGAAACUGAGGCACACAGAUGACCAAAAUCCCAAGCGAGGAUGCCAAGGAGUGAGACCCAUCCUUUAGCAACACCGCCCUAUGGUGGGAACUUCCCACAGCCUCCUGGCCUCCUCUCCAGCUCUUUGGUUUGGGUUUAGGAGCUGCGGCCACCAGGCUGGCAGUGCGCAGUAGGCAGGAUGUGCUCUGUGUGCUGCUGGUGACUGCAGUGCUGAGCCUCUGCCACCCUCUUCUCCGCCUUUUGUUUCUGUUCCUCUCUUUUUUUGUUCCAUUUUCCCAAGCAAGCCACCACAGGCUCCUUCAAACAUUCCCCCAAGGUUAUUUUCCUGCUUGUCUGCAGUGUGUUUUCACUGCUGAACCUCCCAUUGCCCCAAUCCCAGCCCUGUGCACCAACUUUCUGCUCUUGGCUCUGCCUCUGGAUUUUAAGGACUGAGUCUGGGCAUGCUGAUCCCCACUCAAAACACGUCUGUACCUUUUGAUUCCACCUUUCCCUGGCAGUCGUGGGGCUGGAUCCUGGGGGCCUUGCAGAUGUGAGUCACUGCCUGCAGGCCUGGUGCAUGGUUGGGUGCUGGGUGCAGGGUUAGGUAUAGGGUUAGAGUUGGGUAGGGCUAGGGAUCAGGUUAGGGUUAGCGGUAGGGUUAGUGUUAAGAGUUAGGGAUAGUUGGCUAAUCCUACCCAAACACCCCAAGCCACACAGUCAGACCAAGACACUUCUAGGGCUGUAGGAUCCCCAAAUGCAGCCCUGUGUGAUGGAUGUGUUGAGUAGAGCUGGGGGCAUUCAUGGUGCCAGGCAGUGCUUAGCAUUCGUUGAGCAAUACUUCCAUUUGCACCAAUCAUAGAUGCUAUUUGAUAAAAGCAACCAGCCGAGCCAAACUGAGCCAAUCAACCUUUUUGGCUAGGAUUUGCUCUCUUGGAUUCCCCUACAGCCCAGCAGGUGUAGAAGACCAGAGUACAUCUACAAAUGCCACCCUUGGUGACGUAAAGCUGCUACUGGAUACUGCUUGGCAGUGGGAGAAGCCCAGCAACUGUUUGUGUGGAUUAUGAAGCGUGUGGUUUGGCUUAGGGAGGAUUGCAUGCAGAUAGACACACGUUCUGGGCAAUCUUUGCACUUGUUUGCUUGCUUUGUUUCAAAUGGAAAUGGAAGCCCGUGCUCAGUGGUUGGAUCCUCCCAGCUAAGCAGCUCUGUGCAUACAGAAGUUGGUUAAGGAAGAGAAAGGAUGCUGGACGCAGAGCAACUGCUGUUACUGCAAGCGUUCUCCGACCUUUGUGAACAAAACCACUGGCACUCCUCAGUUUGCUGCUCUGUGCUCAGCCCCUUUUCCAGCACAGUUACUUCCUAAGCCAACAUUGCAGGUUUUAUUACCGCCAAUUAUUAUUUAAAUAGCUCCAGAGGUGUACACAGCACCGUGCAAACACGGGGAGGGCCAAGGUCCUGGCUCAGGGGAAUGGCUGGAAUCGUUCAGAGGGGUGUAGCAGUGGUAGUGAGGGCUGAGGUUGGUGUCAGAGCUGUGAGGCAGAGGGCUGGCUUUGCAUCAGCCCUUGGGAGGGGUCCCUGCGUGGUCGUGCAGCUGAAAUGGGGAUGCUGAUCUUUAGCGAGGUAGGUGAUAGGGGAAGCAUUGGCCCUGCCACACCGGAUUAAGCCAUUGCACCUUCAAAUGCUGCUGUGUGACGUGGGUGAGAAGUGAGGGCUUGGAAAAGAAAAGGGAAAACCAGUCGAGGGCUUGUGCCACCCGGUAAUUCACUGACCCAAUUGUGCACUGCUGUGUGAGGGGAGAGAAAUUCCUUCCUGACCCUUGUGCUAAUCAGCCUAUGCCCUGAAGCAUGAGAUUUGAUUUUCUUUAUCUGGCUUUCUGUAAUUGCAGAUGUCACGAUGGUGCUCCCUGUAUCCCACCCCUCGGAAAUGGCAUCUGCCUCACUUAACUCGAUGGACCUUCCCCUCUGGGGGUUUGUUCCUGACCCCUUUCUGGGAUGAGCAGGGAAGGAGAACGGGUCCCACCCGUUCACUGCUUUUCCCCUACACGUGGUCCUGGUUUUUUCCCCCAUAGCUGUCAGUGUGGGUCAUUCAGCUCCAUAACUCCUGCCUUUCUGCUGGAGGCAGAGAUGGUGCAAAGCCCCCCACAGCCCCCAUUGCCAUGCAGAGAUCUGCGGUGCGUUGCAGCACUGGUACCAUUUGUCCCCAAGCCUGGGUGUUCCUUAGGUGGGAAGGAGGAGGGUGAGGAGCUUUGCUGGAAGGUAAUGCACGGGGAAGUGGAAUCAGACACAGCCUUCAGUCUGAGUGCUCCUCAGGUCAUAAAAAUGACUGAUGAGCACAAGUCAAUAAUGAGGUUACUGUUCUCUGGGCAUGCCAGGCAUGAACCCAUCAGCCUGGGAGAUGCAUUGCCAUGCUGUGCUGGCACCCUCUGCCCUGCAGGGCAUCCCUAUCCCCGUCCCCAUCCUUAUCCCUGCUGGUGCUCUGCUCUGUGCCUUUUGCACAGAGGCACAGGGCAGCGUUUCCGCAGCACCGAAGUGGCUCAGGAGGCCUCGUUUCCUUUUCCAUAGCAAGUCGGGCAUUUCUGGGAAGGAAGCAGCCUUCUCCUUAGAUGGCUGCAGAAUCUUUAGUGUUGCUACUUUGCAAAUGCAGUAGUCAGCACAUAUUGAAAGCACUGCGGUGCAAAACAGACCUUGUCAUUAUUAUUUCUUGUUUCGAUAUGGAUGCGUUUAAUCCCUUUCCAUGUUCAGCGCUGGCUCUGUGAGCUGCCCCACUCUUCGUUUCGGUGACUUCUGUUCUUUUAACCCAAUUCCAGGUGUCACAAACCCUGCUGCACCAUAGGUGUGAGUGGAAGCUCGUGAGCUCCCAAGCGGCACCAUGCAGCAUGGGCUGCCCAGCUUUGUGUUGUCCCCAUGCACACGAGUAACUCCUGCAGCCCCUUUUCUCCAAUGGAUGGGACUGCUGUGGAUGUGCCACACCGCAGCUAUCCCAUUAGACCCAGUACCCAGCAGCUGGGUGCCCUCAAUGGCUCGGGAAGAGCACUGGAGGCACUUCCAUCAUGGAAAGUAGCCCUCAGGCCCCCAGGGAGAGUCGGCUGCUGCACAGAGAGUGCAUGGGGUUAAUGGAGGAUGGGGGUGAUGGAUGCGUGCCAAGAGCUCAUCAGGGGAAAUCGCAUUCCUUCGAGGAAAUCGAUAAUCCGGGGAUGCUUAUGUUGCUAAUUUGCAGUGGGUCGGCUUCAUCACGCCUCCUGGGUGUGCAGAUGUGGGUUGGUGUGAGCAGGGCCCUCAGCUGUACAUUUCAGUGGCCACGCAUGCGUGCAUCACCCGUAGUUCCCAACUGGAAGCGGUGGGGCUGCUCUGAGCUGUUGGCUCUUCCUUUUCCCCGUUAUGAUGUUGGUAGGAACUUCCCAUUCCCACAUUCUCAGUGGUUUGAGAUGUAGCAGAAUGGGGAAUGCAGAGUGUAACCCCAGUUGGACCCAAAUGAGAACUUCUGGCUCCAAGAGCCCUGAGAUCUCAGCAAACCUAACAAGGACCCACAGCUCACCCCAAGACCUAUGUUGCGUGCUUGGAAGGGGUGAAACAGUGUGCUUCCAAGUGGCAAGCUGGCUGGUGGCAUGCAGAGGGACCCACCCCCUGGGCUGCCCCAUUUGGGUUAACAUACAGAAGAAGGGCGGUUGGUACAGAGGGGAUGCUGGGGGUGCUGAGCUCUUUGCUCAGUGGCACUGUUUUUGCUUUUUCCCACUGUUGAAAGGGAAGAAAGCGUGGGAUACUCUGCGUGGGCAUGGCGAGGACCCUGGAAGUGCCACUGGUUUGUCUCUCCCUGCUCCCACCCCACCUGUAUGGGGCACAUCUUGGCGUGCUGCUCGGCUCCGUCGCUGCAAUGCUCGUGUCUCAACCAGGGCUCAGCCCCACAUCCCAUAACACAUGGUGGCACGGGGCCAGGCUCUGUGCUAAUGAGAUGGCUUCAAAUCAGAGUUAAUCAUUUACCAGCCUGAAUGCUAUCGGGCUGUAUCUGAAUUCCUCGCUCCUAUAGAUGCGCUGUCGCGGAUUCGGUUGUCGUGCUCUCGCCAGAAGCUGCUGUGCCAAAUGUUUUGCAACAAAAAACCCCAAACCACAUGAAAGCAGCCGAGUUUCACGUUUCAUUGUAACCCCAAAUUCAGCUUUGCCAAAGGGUUUCAGUCGUUUUACGAACCUUUCCCAUGAACCUUCAGCAAAGGCUGCAGCUUAACCUGUUUCUGAUGAAAAACCAGGUGUGUGACUCCGCUGCUUUUGAACAAAUCCGGAGCUUUGUGCCACGCUGGAGCUUGAGCCCAUUUGUACAGAGCAUUGUGCAUGCUCUAGGAAAGCCAAAUCGCACACACAUCUGGGCCCAAGCUGCAGUUCCCUAUGGGGACACAGCUACCAGAGCAGGCUCAGCACAGCCCCCAGCGAGCUGUGAGUGCCGCUGGGUGUUUUCCAACCCCUGUGUGCACCGUGCUGUGCUUUGGUUUGGUUUUGGAGCCUGCCCACCCAACCUCCAUCACUGUGCAGUGAGUGCCAGUGCUUUGCAUGGGACGUCCCGUAGCAUCCAUCUCAUUGCAUUGCUCACUGCUGUGGCCGCUUUGCUUUGGAGCAGCCAGGGCUGAGCCUGGGCGUUGCUUUAGGAAUAACUGCAAAACUCAGUGCUGUGCAAAGAGCUCAGGGCCGGUGCCGUGCAGGGUGAGAAUUGGGCUCUUUGUGAGCCCAGCCUUGGGCUUGGUGUGUGUUAUUAUAUCCACACGCGGAUUGCUUUUUCGGCAGCGCCGUCUUUCCUUUCUCCAGCAAUUUCCUGAAAUAACGUUAGGGAAAUGUGAAAAUCUUGAACUUUUGAACCUCCCCGGAGGACGUUGUGCAGGGGGUGGGUGGUGGCAGCAGGAGGAGGGGUUGCUGGCCCACUGGCUGCCGUUUAUUUUGGCUAUGGGGCCCUGGGGGUGCAUGGUGGGGGGGGGGGAGGGGGGGCUCACCAGCCCCCAGCCCCACAGAGGAGCCCCUUCUUAAUGGCUGUCCCAUCAGCGGGUUGUGGAGGCAAGGAAGGCAGAGGAAGUUUUCUUUUGCUUGCAGUUGCCGGGAGGAGUAAUGGGUGCCCGGGCUGGGUGCUGAGGGCAGGAGGUGACACACCGGUUGAUGGAUGGGAGUGGGUUUUCAGCUGGGCUUUGGCCGUGGGCAGAGGAAAGGAGAGGGGCAGGGGGGAUACGGAGAGCCUGGAAAGUACUUUUCCCUCUGAUGAACUUCAGAGGCGUAUAAAUCACUGCCAGGCUGCAGCUGCGGAGCAUGUGACGCUGGCAAAUGAAUGUUCCUUCGGAAAAGGGCCUGGCCGCGUGCUCCCUGCUCACCUCUUAAAGGCACAGCCGGGGAGUGUGGGGUGUGGGAAUGGGGCUGGGGGUGCUGUGUGGGCUUAUGGAAGGGAAGAAGGCGUGUAGGGGGUCCUGCAAAGCUCCCCGUGGUGCAAAACUCCAUGUAGUGCAAAGCUCCCUUUGGUGCAAAGCUCUCUGUGCUGCAAUGUUCUUGGUGGUGCUGAGCUCGCCAUGGUGCCAAGCUUGCAGUGAUGCAAAGCUUUCCAUGAUGACAGUGCAGUACCCUUCGUGAUGUAGAGCUCUCCGUGGUGCAAAGCUCUCCACAGUGCCAAGAACUCUAUGGUGCGAAGCUCUCACGGUCCAAAGCUUUCCCUGAUGCUCUCUGUGCUGGGCUCCUGCUCUGCUAGGUGCAGCCAGGAUCAAGGUGCUGCUGAGGACAUCCUGCUCCAAAGUGGCUUGGGUGCACGUGGGAACUUUGGUCUCUGUGUCACAGUGCUGCUGCUGUGCUCUCACUCACCUGGGCUUUUGUGCAUUGCAGGGACUUGCAAAGAACGGAGAUGCAUAAUGUGGGCUCCGGGGCAUGCCAGAAUCUUGCAGUGACAGUCAUUGAGCUGGCAGUGUAGGUGGCAUCACGCUGGGUGCUGGCUGUCUGCUCAGCACAGCGGUUGCCAGAUGCUGGGGCAGAGGGUGGAGGAGCAUCUUCCUCAUGAAGGCACUGUGGGAGGAGAGGAACCCAGCGCUGCAACUACUGCCCAGAGCUGCUGGCACGUGGGAGGGGGAGGGAGCGAGCCCAGCCACCAGCAGAACAGCUAGAGAUGACUCAGUACUUCCAUAGUACCAUUAGGUUUCCGUGCAAGCAGUUGCCUUCGUUGCCAGAAGGCAGUGGUGGGAGCCAUGGGAAGCCAUACUUCCUCACCCGUUGCCCUACUGCUGGGUGGGGGUGGGUUCCCAGUAAAGCCUGAGUGGGAAGUGAGUUUGGAAGAGUGUUUGGAAGGCGCAGUGAGGGUUCUCAGUGGGAGUGCUGAGUGGCUGCACUGCUUUUUGUUACAGUGGGAAAGGAGCUGAGAGGCUGCUGGGGUGUGCUGCAUCUUCAUUCACUGCUUGUUCUCUCAGUGCUGUUUGAUCAGGGAGAGUUGGGCAGGCAGGCAGGGAGGAGAGAGCCCAAACCCAGAGCCCUUUCUGUGGUUUACGUGCCAAAGGAGAUAAGUGAGGAUUUAAAGGGAAGGGAAUAUCUAGUUGAGAUGAACGUGUAACGUGAGCACGGAUCCAAACGGAGAGAUCAUAAAUAGAAUUCCGUGCUGGGAGAAGCAGAGGUUUCUUAACGGGGUGUGCUUUAGUGCUGCUAUUGGAGGCAGCAACAACCUGCCCAGGGAAGGGACAUCUCUGAUGUAUUCUAUUUGUCACUCAGUGCCCAUUUCUCUGGGUGAGACCCUGAGAGGACCCCCCGGACGGGGGGGCUGCUCACCACGUUACCCCUCCAUCUGCUGGGGCUCCUGGGGUGCGAUGCUGGGGGUGCCCAAGGGGUUAACCUGGGGCUGCUCCCUAUCAUGGAAAGGCUCUGGCCCUUCUGUGCAUGAUAGGAACUCUUUUUUUUUUUAAGGGUUAUUCCCCUUCCCAGGCCCUGCCUGUUAUCUGUGGGCUGUCAAAACGCCUGGAAUGCGGAGACCCACUGGACAUUGACCCAGCUCAAUUAGCGAGGCUAUCUGAUUGGACUGCAUGCAGCCUAAUUAGCUUUGGCCUCCAACCAGGAACUGAAACCCAAAUGCGGGCAUAGCAUCCUUCCUUGCAGCUCACCUCUGGAAAGGGUUCUCCAAGCCUGGGAAGAGAGAGCCUUCCCCAACCUGUCCGUCUGUCCAUCUGUUCCUCAUGCCAGCUGAUUCUGGGGACAAGAACCUCAAUUUGGGGAUAAUCUCACUGCUGCCCAGCCCCUGCUGCUGAACCCUGGGGGUCAUGUAAGACCGGAGGCUGCUUUUUUCCCUUGAAAAACAGCACGUGCUGUCUGGUGUCCAGAAGGAACUUGCUCUUACUGAAGGCGCGCUGGCUCUGGCGGCUGCCUUCCCUAUCUCAUCAGGCCUUCCUGCAGCACGUAGGCACCCGGUUCCCAGGCUCCUUGCCCUGGACCUCCUGCUGCAGUGAAUGGGGAUGUGGGGAUGAGGUGAAGGGGUCAGUACGGUGCUGCUGUGGUUUGGGGACAGCAGUGUGGGGACCGGACCCCAUGGUCCUUGGCUUGCUUUGGGUUUCUAGCUUUGGGGGUGCUCAUCAGGCACCCAGAAAUAGCGGUGGGGAAGGACCCCAGGGAACCCCUUGGAGCUGGAGGUGGGCACUUCGAGGAGCCCUGGGAAGUGCUGUUUGUGGGCUGCUCUGAUGUCUUCUGCCCAGAGGCCACCUCUGUGCAUCGCUGUGCUGGCUCUCACCUGGAAGACCCACGCAGUCCCGUCCUUGCCAUCCCCUGUCACAGCUUCCCCUGCUACCCCAAACUGCCUUCAGCUGCUGGAAACCCACUGUGCAGCAUUGCCUUUCAUUGCCCGCAUUGUGACUGGUGGUGUUGCAAUGCCGGCUGCACGUUGGUGGUGAGCACCGGUGCCAGCCGCGUUGGAUCAAUUAAAGCCCAUUAUGCCAAACGAAUGACUGUAAUUAUCUCAAAUCUGGAUUAAUGCACGUGCACAGCAGCGUAACUCAGUCUGUCUGGCUGACGGUGAGCGGGUUGGUGCUGCUGGGAGUUGGGCAGAAGGGCUGCAGGAGUCGCUCCUUAGGAUUUGUCUGAUCCUUGUGGGGAAGAUACUGAGAGCUUUGGGGUCUGGGCAGGGUGGGCAUUCUGUUAAAGGGUUAAGACUGCACCGUGCUCACGUUACCUGCAUGCACCCUCACCUCUGCUGGUGCAAGAUCUGUUUGCAGGAAGGGAGGGGUUGUGCCAAGCCCAGGGCUGGGCAGUGGUGGGAUCAGGAGACCUGGUCUGGGUUUGCCUUGGGUUUGUUGGAUCAAGGUUGGUGUGCAAACUUGCCUUGAGCAGAACCUGACUGCAGCCCCAGCAGUAUCCUUCCCUUUGGCCAUUGGCAAAGCAGUGGAUGCUCAGGAGGAGGCAUUUUUUCACUGUAUCUCCAGCUCUUCCAUUCUCACCUUCCACCCACGUGAAGUCAGAAUGUUUCUCUCUUCCCUGUUGCUGUUUGGCAUUCGGAGGAAGAGCAGUGGGGCAGCUCUUCCUCCAACAAGACGUGUGGGUGGUCAGCCCCAUUUUGGAGAUGGAGCUGCAAGCUCUCAUUAACCAGGACUCUCAGCACUGCUUCCUUGCACUCUUUGUGCUUCCCUGCUCCAUCCCUCACCACGCUCCCCCCCUCUUCAGAGCCCCUGCCUGCUUUGGAGAGGAAGACUUUAGGGCUUGAUGGAGUGGCUUCCCCCAAAGCAUGGAGACAGGAGAGGAGUCCAUGACCCUGCAUGGGAAUGGGAACCCGUGUGCUGGGGAUGGUAGGAAGGGCACUGGGGAUGCUGGGGAUGUUUUGCUGGUGCUGCCCAGCCAUUGCCAUGCAUGCAGCCCCAAACUUCUCCUUUUGCUGCAGCUAGAGCAAGCCUAAUACUUCCCAGUUCCCCUUGCAUCUCUCUGCCUCCUGCUUGGUUUUCCAUCGCUCAGAACGUAGCACCCCCUCAAGGACAAUUAGAUCACUUCCAAUUUGCCCGUAAGCUCAUAAAACUGCAAUUGAAUGUAAUUAAAAGGCCAUAACGAGCUUCAGCAACAUGCGGGACUGCUGCGCUUCUGCUCUCGCCGCUCUGGUUUUGGAGAAAGGGAUGAAGUCAGGGAGGAUGCGAAGGUCAGCGUGGGCAUGGGGGGAUCUUGGAGUCAGAGAAACUUAGGAUGGCCUGGGUUGGAAGGGACUUUAAUGGUCAGCUGAUGAGGGUGAUGAUGAUGAUGAGGAGGAUGAGGAGCCCUCUGCCAGCCCUGCAGCCCCAGCAGCCAGCAGGACCCCGCACCUCUCCUCGCCUAUUCCUGCAGCAGGUUCCCAGCCUGUAAAUCAGGGGCGCUCUGCGAGCCGCUGACAGCAGAACAGAGCUCAUUGUGAGAGCAGGGACAGUGCCGGCCCUUGAGGGAUGAAAUAGGAGCCUGUAAUUUCUCAGGACUGUUGUGACAUCUUUGCACAAGCGUGUGAUUGAGUCACAGUUGCUUUAUCAGCAGAAUCCUUGUUUGCCUGGGUGCGCCCCUCCGCCCCCUCCCCACUCCCCCCCGGCCCCGCCGCAGCGUUCCCCCCUCCCAUAAGGUCACGCUCUCCUCUUGCUCACGCUUCCUGCUUUUGCCUCCUCCACCCAUAGCACUGCUCACAGCGAGGAGGUCUCAGAGCCCGCCCGGGAUAUCUGGGGGAUGCCAACCCUGAAAGUCAGGGUUGUGGGUCCUGUGGUGUGGGGUCAGCAGAACCUAGGGCUCUGGCAGGCGAUGGGGUGCCCGUGGGCUGUGCAUCUGCCUGCAGGGCCCCUGUGGUGCUUUAGGGUGACCCUCCAAAAAUACAAACCUUGGUGAGCCCCUUCCUCACCCUGGCAGGUUGUGCUUCCGUGGGUGGUGGGGGAGGUUUGAUUUCAUCCACAAAGUCGUGUCCAAAGGACAGAGAAGAUUGAGAGGGAUGGAGUGCUUUUGUGCUUCCUGCCCUUGAUAUGUUCAGGAGGAGCGCAGAGGCUGCACAGAGCCGGGGAGUGGGGCUGGGGAUGCGCAGAGUGCCGGGGAAAAGCUGCCCACGGGUGCUGUGAUUUAAUGCUGCAGCCUCAUAAGGCGAAAUGUAGGCUGGAGGCAGCAUCUUGCAUUUGCAGGGUGCGUGCAGAGGGGCUGGGUUGGCAGAGCUGCGCCCUGUAUUGAUGCUGUGAGCCUCCUCUGGCCAAAGAGGAGACCCCGGGGGGACCCACGGCCCCCAAACGUGUCCGCUCCCCAUCUGGCAUCACUGGGCCCAUGGAGGUGGGGGAGAUGCGGGAGCACAGCUGUGUGGCUUUGAGGUUUUAGUUCGGUCAAAGUGAAAACCUGCGGGGAGGGGGAACCCACUGUGAGCAGUGAAACUGAGCUCCUCGUCCUCCCUUGGAGGGAAAGCACCGCGCGGCUGCGGAGAUCGCUCCCCGAGGAGCAAACACAGGCUGUGAUUUCUUAACACCCACAAGGAGAGACAUUUACAUGCGUUCUCCCCUGUGCAGCUUUAGGGAGGGCCUGAAAGAGAAAGGAAAAAAAAAAAAAAAAAAAGAAAUUCAAGUGAUUUUUUAUCUUUUUUUUUUUGGGUGAAACCGCAUGACUUCCUCGUGCCGGGGUUUGGGGGAUGGGCCGCCUCUCCUCGCCGGGCGAAGCGCUGUGGAUGCUGUGCGGUUUGGUGUCUUUGGCCACAGGAUGCUUCUUGCUCCUUGGUCCCAUGGGUGCUGCGCUGCUGAGCGGAGGGAUUCCCGUGGUGUUAAAAAGCAGAGUGUGUUUGGUGCUGUGUGCCGCCCUUGAUUGGCUUCUUCCUCUUGCAGGCUGCGGGCGGAGGUUGCAGAGCUGUGGGGGAGGUGGGUGCGAGCUGGACACGACUUCGGUGCUUGGGAUUGUCACCUCCUUGGAGGUGGCGGGAUGGGACCUCGUGCCAUGCCUGCUUGCAGGAUGGGGACCUUGCUGUGCUGGUGCAAAUCCAAAGCAAACUCACUCCAGGCUGGGGGCUGUUGAGUACCAUGCAUUGCAAACAUGCUCUUUUCCCUGGAUUCUUUCAUCAGGGACCAAAGUGAGGACCUGACCUCUGGCGGUCACCACUCCCAUGGCAGUUUCCAGGUGAAAGCUGGGGUCGAACCCUUGGGUCCUACCAUGCCACAGGGUGGGCACUCAUCUCUGCACAGCUGUCCCUUGGGGGAAAGCCUGCUGGGGGGACUGCUGUGCUGCUUUUGAGGCAUGAGAGAAAACGGGCAGUGAUUUUCACUGCUUAGGGAAGCUCUCCACCUGCAGAGUCACCAAGAGAAGCAAGGAGCGCUCGGCGUGUUGCAUUGCAUGGUGGAUUCACACGCAUUUGGCUGCGGGAGCUUUGCACGUGGCCAACCCCAGCGUUCCCCCUGGGAGCAGAGCAGAGCAGGAGCAGCAUUCCGACAGCCCCAUCCCUGCUGCCUGUCCUGACCCCCUCCAGACACGGCCCUGCAGCGUAAGGACUGCACUCCGGAAGGGAGCGGCUUCCCAAAUUUAGAAUUUCCUGCAGUGCAAUACCCAGAAUUGAUCUGCGUGCUGAUUACGGAGGAAGAGGUGCUGAGAGAGGAAAAAAAAAAAAAAAAAUUAAGAAGAAGAAAGAAAAUAAAAAAGCAAAUAGCGGAAGCGUGGGGGUGCAGGCGCCGUGCUGGGGCUGCUCGGCUGUGCCACCAUCCGCAGGGCAGCGUGGGUGCUGGGGGCUGGAGAUGGGCUUUGGGGCUUCUCCCCUGCCAGCAGCACAGUGAGCUCCCGGAUAGACCAGAAAAGGGUUUCCAGCAGAGCUAGGUCAUUGUAGUUUUACUGGCAAAGCCUCUUAAGCAUCAAUGAAGAUUAUACUGGUGAAAGCUUAUGCUGGUACAGUUUAUUCUGGUACAAAUGAGCUAUCCUGGGAAAAAAAAAAAAAAUCACCCCUGUGCUGUUGUAAUUGUUUCUGCUCUGGUCUAGAAGCGUUAAAAUCACAGCCUGUGGUAUUGCUGUGUCAGCAGCUGAUGGGCUGCCUGGGGCUCACCGGGCAGAGCAGCACUGCUUGGCUGAGAAAUGCAGCUCUGGUGGUGAAUGCAGGUGCUGAAUGCAAAGGGGAAGUGAUGCAAGGGCUGCUGGCUUGCUCAGGUGCUUCAGAAGACCUGGGGGCUGACAGCUGUGUCCCGCAGGUGACAGUGAUACAAUUGGGAGCUUUGGGCUUUUGGCCCUGGGAGUGCCAAAGGGGAUGGAAAAUCGUGGUGCAAAGCUGCAGAGGGGCAUUUUGUGCUUGUCUGCUCUGCUCUGAGGACCUCGUGUAGCUGGGUGAGAAUGGAGCCAAAUGUUUUAUAACGAUGUUUUCUUAUUGAAAACUAAUGAUAGUUAAUAAACGCUGCUUGGCACAAAGCCAUCAGGCCAAAAAAGAAACAAAACCAAGGAAGGUUGAUUCAGCAGCUGAGACACUGCCUGGGGUCUUGCCAUGCCCAGGAACUAUUCCCAGCUUUGGCUUUGGUUUCUUGCAUGACCUUGGGAAGAUGGUGGGGCUGUGCCAUCAUGGUGCUGCACCACUGCAGGCAAAACCAGGCAUCGUGGGGCUCUUGUAUGCCUUACUUUCUCCAACCAGGUACUGUGCACCCAUCCUGGGCUCUUCUGUGCCAUGGUUCCUCCAACCAGGCUCUUCCAUGCAUUGCUUUCCCCAACCAUGAAACCGUGAUAGUGGCACCCAACGGAUGCCCUGCAAGAGUGAUGAGCACAGUGGGCCAAAAAACCCCAACCUCUUGCAGGAUGAGGCUCCUGCUCGUGUGGUUGGGUCAGAACCCACCAGCUCUGCUCUGUGCAAUGCUUUAUGCUGGGACAUGUGGAGCAGAGCCCAUAGUGCGUGCAUGGCUCUGCGUGGCUGCUGCAUUCCCCACACCACAUGGCCCUGCCCUCUGCGUUCACAUCUUUGGAAGAGUAUCCCUGUGGAUUCUGUGGCUUGCAGGUUCAUAGUUUAGAGAGAGAAAAGAGCUUUGCUGCACGUUCUUCAGCUGCUGAGCAUCUCUGGGUUCCCUCUCCCUGCUGCCAUGGGGCAUCUUAUAGGAUAUAUAGAGGUCGUUGUGUUUGAACAAAGGACACACAGAGAAAAUAGCUGCAAUUUAUGGGUGCGGCAAGAGGGGAAAUGCUUUGAGAGCUGCUUUUUUUUUCCUUCUUUUUUUGUGUUUAGGAACAGACACGGAGUUUAUUUUGGUCAGGAGGCAGUCACACACAGUGGCUUUAAAUGGCAAAAGGACGCAAGAAAAGUGAACCUCCUCACGCUGCUUGAACUGAAGCAGCCUUUGGGAAGUGACCUCCCUGGUUUGCUUAGCCUUAAGACGUAUCCUUCGGUGUAGGUGUUUAUUUGCUUGGAGUUGUUUAUUUGAAGGACAUUUCCUCAAUCUGGGUGUUAGGGUUUCAACACAGAGAGAUGAGCACGUUGGGCUGUGCUUGGAGGACAGCUCGUCCCAGGGCUCCCUGUUUCCUUAUAGCCGGCUGAGAUCCGGGGUGAGCACGCUCUGCCUGUGCCAGAGGCAAACGUUUCCUUCUUGCUCGUUUGGGAUCUCUGCAGACAAGGAAGCGUUUGGGGAGGAGUGGAAACUUCCUGGUGCUUUCGAGCCACGUUGCUUCCGUGUGCAUGGCUUUGGGUGCAAGCACACCCCAGCACGUCGCUGUGCCUACACGUGGCUUCUCCCCCAUUUGAGUCUUCAGCACAAAGUAAACAGGAUGGGUGCGGGGUGCCGGGGAGCUCUGUGCCCUGGGGUGGUUAUUUCAGGAGAGGGGCCGGGACAGUGGGUCAGGCCCACACGUGCUUUGCUCUCUGACGUGCUGCAGUCGGCACGGGCUGCUCGCCAGUAACCUGCCUGCGACCUCCCUUCGGCUGCGCCUGACGUUCCCAGGACCUGCUCGUUGGAGGCAGGGCUGAUGCGCUUCCUUCGCCCCACUGCCAGCACGAGGGCCCUGUUCCCCUACGCUGCUUCAGGGCUGUGGGCCCCGUGCGUCCUCGGUUGUGGUUUGAGACAUCCCCCAUCCAUCGCCUUGGUCCUCAAUCUGGGACAUCUCCAUCCCCAUCCAUCACUUUGGACCCCAGCUGCUGCGGUUUUUGGGGCUCUUCCAGAGCAGGGCUCCGUGCCCAGAUGCACAGCCUGCUGCAGGAUAAACACCUUUUGCUCUGAGCGCCCUGAGAGUGAAGGACAGGAGGGUGAUAAGGCACAGCCCUCAUCCCGUGCCUUUGGAGCACGUCGUGAUGCCAAGCCCUACUCCAACCCCUUUAAAAAAGCCAAAAAGCAGAGAACUGGGAAGCAGAGUCCCAAAGCCUCGAGGAAUGUCCUGAGGUUCCUAUUGUGCAGCAUUCAUGUCACUCAUCCGCAGAUGACGCGGUGGCUGGUGGUUAUUUUAAGGCAACAUCCUGCGGGAGCCAACAAGAGGCCAAGACCUCAGGGAGCACACGGGGAUGUGUGCCAGGGCUGGGCUAUGCCAUCGGUGGUGGCGUUGGGUUGGAGCAUGGGCUCAGGGCAUGCAUACCCUCUGUGUGUCUGAGGUGGGAUGCUGGGUGCAGUGGUGUGAUGCUGGGUAUGGUUUUGCAAGAGGAGCAUCGCAGUCUUCCUGAGGGUCUACACUUCCCUGUGGUGGGGUUUCCUCGCUUACUUGGUGCUCUCUGGGGGAGCUGGCUGGGGCUGGGCUCACGGUGGGUUUGUCAGGCACGUUUCCCACUGUGCAGUGCUUCCGUUGCUUAAAAUCCUUCUGGUCUGUAUCUGUUUGGCAAGAGAUGUGUUUAGAGGCAGCAGACUUGCUUGCAGCUUCUCCCCCCCCCCAUCCCUAGAGCCAUGGAAUUGCAGUGAUGAGACGGAGCCUUGCUGCCCUUACACCAUUUCUACGUGCCCAUAGGGGCAAGAAGUGGGACUGGGGAGACACCUGACCCCAUGCAGAUUUCUCAAACCAAGUCAAUUCCACAUCCCUGAACUCCCCGACGAGCCGAGGCCCCAUGGCCACCCCAUCCCUGCACCCGUCCAUCGGGCCGGGCAUCGGCUCCUCGCUGGGCUCCCCGGGCCAGCUGCACUCACCCAUCAGCACCCUGAGCUCACCCAUCAAUGGCAUGGGGCCACCCUUCUCCGUCAUCAGCUCCCCCAUGGGCCCACACUCGAUGUCUGUCCCCUCCACGCCCAGCCUGGGAUUCGGCACCAGCAGCCCACAGCUCAACUCACCCAUGAACCCCGUCAGCAGCUCAGAAGACAUCAAGCCACCCCUGGGGCUCAAUGGAGUCCUCAAAGUGCCAGCACAUCCCUCAGGAACAAUGGCCUCCUUCACCAAGCACAUAUGUGCCAUCUGCGGGGACAGAUCUUCAGGUAAACAUUAUGGGGUGUACAGCUGCGAGGGCUGCAAAGGCUUCUUCAAACGCACGGUGAGGAAGGACCUGACCUACACCUGCCGUGACAACAAGGACUGCUUGAUCGACAAGCGCCAGCGCAACCGCUGCCAGUACUGCCGCUACCAGAAGUGUCUUGCCAUGGGGAUGAAGAGGGAAGCUGUGCAGGAGGAGAGGCAGCGGGGGAAGGACCGCAACGAGAACGAGGUGGAGUCCACAAGUAGCGCCAACGAGGACAUGCCCGUGGAGAAGAUCCUGGAAGCAGAACUCGCUGUGGAGCCAAAGACAGAGACGUACAUUGAGGCAAACAUGGGCCUGACGCCGAGCUCGCCCAACGACCCGGUGACGAACAUUUGCCAGGCGGCCGACAAGCAGCUCUUCACCUUGGUGGAGUGGGCCAAGAGGAUCCCCCAUUUCUCAGAGCUGCCCCUGGAUGACCAGGUCAUCCUGCUGCGAGCAGGGUGGAAUGAGCUCCUCAUCGCCUCCUUCUCCCACCGCUCCAUAGCUGUGAAGGAUGGGAUCCUGCUGGCCACGGGGCUGCACGUGCACCGCAACAGCGCGCACAGCGCCGGCGUCGGGGCCAUCUUUGACAGAGUACUGACAGAACUCGUGUCGAAGAUGCGAGACAUGCAGAUGGACAAGACAGAGCUGGGCUGCCUGCGAGCCAUCGUCCUCUUCAACCCCGACUCAAAAGGUCUCUCCAACCCGGCUGAAGUGGAGGCGUUACGGGAGAAGGUGUACGCAUCGCUGGAGGCGUAUUGCAAGCACAAAUAUCCCGACCAGCCCGGGAGGUUCGCCAAGCUCCUGCUCCGCCUGCCAGCCCUACGGUCCAUCGGCCUCAAAUGCCUGGAGCACCUCUUCUUCUUCAAGCUAAUAGGCGACACGCCGAUCGACACCUUCUUGAUGGAAAUGCUGGAAGCACCCCAUCAAAUGACUUAGAGAACUGCCGCUGGCUCAGUCCCUCACCCAGCCAGGGCCACGCGGGCUCCGUCCUCUGCUUCCUCCUCCUCAGCCCCAGCCCCCUUCCCUCUGCUCCCCAAAUGCUGGAGGCACCGUCCGAGCUUCUCCGCCUGGUCCCCGGGGCGAACCCGCACCUCCUUGCCGCCUCCUCACGUUGACCCUUCUGUCCGUUCGCUGUCACUGCUGCAUCUAAAGACCUCUGAUGGCUGUUUCCCCCCUGCGGUAGAUGUAGAGGAGUGGGGACAGAGCGCUUCGCAUCAGUGCCGGGUGGCACAUGGCAUGGGAGCAGGGACGGUCCCGUCCCAUCCCGGCCCCGCAGUGGGCUUUGGACGAGUCAAGGGAGCGGUUCGGCUCGCCGUGAUUGCAGCUGGCUAUUUUCAGAGGAUGGAGGUUGUUUUUGGUUUUUUUUUGGUGGUGUUUUGUUGGUUUUUUUUUUUUUUGGUUUUUUUUUUUUUUGAACAAGAGAAGAGGAAAAAAAAAAAAAAGAAAAAAGAAAAAGAUUCUAUUUUUGGUUUCUAACUAUUCUUAGUAGUCUCAGCAGUUCCUUCGCGAAGGGAGAGGCUGUGGGGAGGGGUGGCCCUCGCUGGGCCCUACCAGUGAGUCACCGUGGCUGCACAGAGCCUCCUCCUCCCUCAAAGCAAAGGGUUUGGGACUGAGCCCGAUCCCCUCUGAACACCAGGUGACACCAGGAUGCCCUGUCCCCCCCUCUGCUGUCCCCGGUGAUGCUGCUCCUCUUGGACACGCGGUGCUGGAGUGUUUGCUUUAAGGCUGCCGGGGAUGUGGUUCCACCUUUCUGCAGCUCGUGGGGGGUCCCGCUGGGCCCCCUGCCCUUAUUGCUGUGCCCAACGUCCUGGCACAGCCUUGCAGGAGCUGCCUUAUUGCAGGAGCCGUCGUGCUGGAGCAGCAGGAGCUGGUGGCUCAGCAGUGCUCCUGCUGGAUUCUGUAUUCGUGGAGGGGCAUUUCCAGCCAGAAGGUGGGGCUCAGCAAAAUGCCCCACGUGCGGACUGUGGGGAGCAGCAGCCCUGCAACCACCAGCAGGCCGUGCAUGGUGUUUCAGCAGCUAUGGUGCAAGGCACUGCAAGGCAGCAGUUAGUGGGAGCUCUCAGCCGUGCUGCUCCCUGGGGGUGUUCAUUGGCAAUGAUGCAGGAAUGGGGUUCGCCAUCCCUGAAUAUCCCUCAUUGGAAUGGUGGAGCAGCUGUGCCAUUCACCUCACCCUCUUGCAUUAACCAGGUGAAAAAAAUGAGUGAGGAAAUCAGAGCAAAGUCUCUCAUUGGGGGUUUCUCCCUCCAUAACAGGACUGAGUGUCCCGAACACGCCAUGGGUUGGGGGGAACUAAGGCUGAGUGCCUGCAGUUGGCCCUGGACUGAGGGCUUCCCCAUGGCUUUCAUGUCUGCUGUGCUUUAAAACAGCAAAGUGUUUGGUCCCAAAGAGAAUGCAAUCUCCUGCGGAGCCCCUGACCAGCUGCUGUGUGCCUGGGGAACGCAGUUGGCACCUGCCUGUCCUCAUCCCACUGGCAGCUCAAGUCCCAUCUCCAUCCCCAUUGGGCCAUCUCCUUGCUAGAGAAGCACUCAGGAUUUCAGGUCUGGCCCAAAAUGGCAAAUCCACAGAGGUGGGCAAAGUCAUUUGGCCAUCUUUCUCCAGCAGCCUGCAUGCCGCUGAAAAUAUUAGUAAACAGCUUCACCCUGGAAGAAUUUGCCAAGAAAACAAGGAGAGAGAAAUGAGAUGUAGUGGGGGUGCCAGGAAACAGGGCUGCUCAGUGCCAGCACAGCGUGAGGCCGGGGGCUGGCAGCAGUGGGGUCAGGGUGUGCUGGGGGUCGGUCGGCUGUGCACUAUAAUAAACCCAGACCCUUGUUUGUCUCCCUUGGGUAGAACCACUUCUUUUUUGUUUUUUGUUUUUUUGUUUUAAUGAUUGACUGCUUGGAAGGGGCUGUUUUGGUUUGCACUGUUGGGCGGCCGAGCGUGUGCCCCCAUCCCUCCCCAUCCCAUUCCCUCCCCAUCCUUUUCCAUCCCAUCCAUCAUAUCCAUCCCAUUCAUCGUAUCCAUCCCAUCUCUUCAAUCCCAUCCCAUCUAACCGUAUCCCAUCCACCCAGUCACAUACCUUCACCUUCACCCCAUCGCAUCCCACCCCUUCUAUUCCAUCCCAUUUCAUCCAUUUCAUUUCAUCCCAUUCCAUCCUUCCCAUCCUACCCCACCCUGUCCCAUCCAUCUCAUUCAUCCCAUCACAUCCUUCACACCCCACCCUCUCCCAUCCAUCUCAUUCAUCCCAUCACAUCCUUCACACCCCACCCUCUCCCAUCUAUCUCAUUCAUCCCAUCCUGUCCCAUUCAUCCCUUUCCAUCCCCCCCGGUUACUGUUUGACCCAAACAAACACAAAUGCUGUGAGCAAUGGGCUGCCCUCAGCAUACAGCAGGGCGCAAACCCCCCAUGCUGGGGUUCCCAACCAGGACACAUCUCCGUGCCUCAGUUUCCCCGGAGCAGAGCAUUGCUGGGAUUCCUGCCUUUUGCAGAGGAGGUGGAAAGGCUGAGCGUUGUCCUGGUGUUGAGGGAGCUCCCACCUUGCUGUAAAUCAGCACAGCUCUCUGUUUCACAGCAGCAGCCUUCUGGGGCUCAGCCCCCAGAGAUGAGCCCUGAUCCCCCAUCCAGGGCCGCCAAGGCAGCCGUCCCCAGCAGGAUGAGCUCCCGUGCCCCGCUGUCACCUGCCACAGCAGCCUUAAAGCAACCUGCUCUUGCAUGAGUUUGGCUCUUUCAUCUGUAUUCUUUUCCACUUUUUGGCUUUUUUUCCCCCCUCAUUGUAGUUAUUCUGACUGUAUUACGUGCUUGUUUGAGGAGGUGAUACAUGGGUAAAAGAAAGGAGAAAAAAAAGGCACAUUAUGCGCUAGCGAGGUAGGACUUUCAUUUAACCAGAUCUUAGUACUCUUGCCAACAUCUGGUUUCCAUUAGGGUGAUUAUUUUCUAUUUGUGUUUUUUUGUUUUUUUUUUUAAAUAUAUAUAUAUUUUUAAUUUCUUUUUAUCGUUGGUGGGACAAUCUUUAAUUUUCUAAAGAUAGCACAAACAUCAGCUUUUCAGCCCCGACCACCCGGGCUCCAAGGCGAUGCUGUCCCCAUCAGACACCGCCGCGCACGGCCCGCGCUCAUCCAUCCAUACGUGCGUGUGUAUACAUGUAUGUACUGUAGAUAUGUACACUGUACAAAUAGCCUCACUCACAUAUACAUAUAUUAUACCUGUAGCAAUGACAGACUUUUUUUUUUCUGGUGUUGUUUUAAGUCGAUUUCCCCCCCCCUCCCCCUCCAUGUGUUAAUUUUGCGAGUCCUUUUAUGCGCGCGCCCCUUUCCCCAUUGGCACACGCCAAAUUUGGGUCCUUACAGCUCGCGACAAAGGAGAUGCAUCUAUUUUAAGAUGCCUUUUUGUUUCUGUUUCGUUCUGUUGGUUCUUUCUGGUGUUGUUUUUGGUUGUUUUCCCCCCUUCGGAGCAGCAGGUGGUGGUGAGGAAAAAUAGCUUUAGCCGUUCCCGAUGCUUAGCGAUGGAUGCCUUGGCUAUGGGGGUUGCAUAGCUGAAAUAAACUAAAAUAAAACACAUUAAAAUUUAGAAUAACAAAGGAAAAAGAAAAAAAAGAGGAAAGAUAAGGAAAAAAAAAUAUCUAAAGCCUCAAUAAAAGUAAAAAAAGAAAAAAAAAAGAAAAAAAAAAGAAAAAAAUCUAUUUUUGUACAAAUGUAAUUUUAUCCCUGACAUAUCCUUGGAUAUUUUUUUUUUUUUUUUCCUGGAUUGUUUGGUUUCUUCUACAGAGGUUGUUAUAAACGCUGUCUCUGUUUCGCUCUCCUUCUCCCUCUCUCUUUCUCUCUGUACGUGUCCGGCCGCGGGGACAGUGCUCAUAGGGGAGGGAGGAACUUCUGACCGUGUUAUAAAGGCUUUAUAUGAGAUGUCUUUUUUGGAA